UGGGCAUCCCCCACAACUUAUACAAUUAGCCUGCCAAGUUUCAUAUAUUGAAAGGAUUUCUCCGCCUCUAUUCUCCGAGGUGUACACCAGCUCAUAAGUUGACUGAAGCCCUAUCUUUUUCGUUUUGAUACUAUCAUGUCCACAGCAAGUAUUCGCUUCAUCAGCGCCGUUGCUCCUGUCGAUAUCGAAAGCAAAGAUGAAAGCCAGUUAUCAAUCAUUAUUCCGUCUUACUCUCCUGUCAAGCCGAAGCUACCUUUGAGAUGGCAGGUGGUGAUCGUUGGAUUAACAUGCAUGUGCACAUUCGGACACCACUGGUCCGACGCUCUCAUUGCGACUCUGAAGACAACGAUAGAACACGAACUCAAGAUCAAUAAUUCCGAAUUUGCUACGCUGAUAUCUGUGACGAAUCUGGUUAACACGUUUCUCUGCAUCGCCUUUGGCUUCGCCAUCGACAAAUUUGGAGGCCCGCUGUUAUCUGCCAUACUCACCGCAUUUUUUCUUGCGGGUGCUGCAGUACAGGCUGGCGCCACAACAAAUGGAUUCAAUAGUUACCAUGUCCUCAUGGCGGGCAAGAUCAUUGCUGCCAUCGGGGACGGUUCGCUAGACAAUGCGCAGCACAAAAUAUUCACCACGUAUUUUGCACCGGGGAAUGGUUUCGCGCUGUCUAUAGGCCUCAUAUGGUCGAUGGCAAAUAUGGCUCAAUAUGUCGGACAGAGCACCGCGAACGUAAUGUCCCAAAACCUUGGCUCAUAUUCCUGGCCACUGUGGACAGGCGCCAUCAUGGGCCUCUUCUCGUUUCUAUGCGCUAUUUGUGUCUUUGUUCUCGACAAAUACCUUCGUUCACAUUACCAGGUCGUCGAUUACUGCAAACGGUUUGACCAACCAAGUGGAAUCAAAGUUAGAAGAUCUCAUUGGUCAGCUGUGCGCCAAAUGCCCUUUACGUUUUGGUUUGUAGUUCUUUUCGCAACCUUCCAAACCGGUGGCGUAGACUCAUUUGUAUCGGUAUCUACGCAAUUUGCACAGCAAAGGCUCAAGAAAGGAGCCGUAGUUGGCGGAUGGGUGUCGAGUUUUUACUUGCUCGUUCCUAUUGGACUUACCCCUUUCUUGGGCAUGUUCAUUGAUGCAUAUGGGCGUCGUGUAACGAUUUUGUUUCUCUCCGGGUGUAUGUUCCUCAUCUCCAUGCUACUGUUAAGAUUUUCGGAGACAGUGCCGACAUUUAUCUGUGCAUACAUAUUUUAUGCGUUUGCUCAGAGUAUCACCUCAGCUCCCCAAGUGGAGGUCGUGCGCAGCAUUAUACCUGAUCCUCGUUACUAUGCGACAGCCUUCGCAAUCAAGAAAUCGAUUGUUCAAGCCUCCAUCAUUAUCACCGUGACAGCAACAGGGAAGCUCCAAGACCUAUCCUCCACCGGCUCCCUCGAGGGUGCUGUGACGGUCUGGCUUGUGUACGCAUUCGCCUCCGUGCUCAUCUCAGGUAUGCUCCUUGGUGCCUGCUACACGUCGUGGGGACAGCGAUAUCUACCUGCCGUGCGACUCUCACAGGUGCGCCCGAGACAUGUAGAGAGGGAGGUGGAGAGACUUUGGGAGCUACGUCGAUAUACGGUUGCGGAAGAAGGCAAGAGGGACGAGAGCGUGAUGCCGAAGCAGAAGGAAUUGACAUUGAAAAGCCCUGUGCCAAGUUCUGUGUCGUUGUAUGCGCGCUGGGUAGCGCUCGGGGCCGGAUUCACCAUAGUCCUCACAGCAUGGGUGAUAUUUGGCUUUGGUGUUGAGUGGGGUGCACAGUAGAGAAACGCGAAUUGUACUAUUAACUUGAAUUUGCUUGUAACGUUGCGUAUGGCAUAGGGUUGAGAUAUAUUUGCUACUUCGAGUCUUUGACUGAGCUGCCGUACCCGCAGCUUUUGGACACUCCCGUAGGCGUGAUGGAAUAGAACAUCAUGAGCUA